AUGCGUUUUUUAAGCGUUUUAAUAUUUAUGCUUUAUAAUAAAGUAAUAAAAAAAAGGGGGGGAGCAAAUUGUAAUGCUUUUUUACAAAUUAUCCGGCCAAUUUUAAAAAAUUCCUUUUCCGUUUUUAAAUUUUCGGUAAUAUUGCGCCGUGGUUAA